AUGAGCAUUAUCUGUCCGCUGCACAUGGAGCAGUGUCUUAUGUGCCCCGCCGCCUCCGACCGGCCGUAUACCAUCCACGUGGGCAGCCGAUCGCGGGUGAAGGCGCAGUCAGCCACUGCCCUCGCGCAGGAAGAGCCCCCCACUUCCGCGAGCACGCUCGUUCCCCUGGUGGUAGACAUCGAGUCCGACGAGUCAAUCAAGCAUGCCGCUGCGGAGCUACAGGCCCAGCAUGGCAAGGUCGAUGUGGUCAUCAACAAUGCCAACGUCCAGUUUAACCAACGGGAGAGCGCCGGGAAGAUACGCGAGCGGAAGAUGUGGAACCGGUCCUGGAAUGUCAACACUGCCGGCACGCAUAUCCUCACCGCGACCGUGGCCCCCUUGGGACGGAGGACUCGAGCAUCCGGACGAACGCGGGUGCCGCCCAAGGGAUGGCCCAGGACGGCGCUCAGCGUGCGCACCUACCGGAGCGCCAAGACGGGGCUCAACAUGCUGAUGCGCGAGGGACAUGGCUGGCUGCACGCCAAGGGGGCCAAGGGUUCCUCAAGCUGGGCGCGCGCCCCCGCGGUCGCAGGGCCAUUCAUCCGCAGUGCGGUGGUGGUGGCGCGCAAUGACGACGUGGGAAGGGUGAUCAACCAGCAGGGCGUGCAACCGUGGUAA